AUGGCUAGCUGUAGAGCUCCGACAGGAUUCCAGAGUUCGAUGUACAUGGAUGAUGACCUGCAACCUUUAUUUGCAGCCAUGGUGAGAACCAGAGAUGCUAGUAGUAGUAGAGCUAGAACUCUAGGGCAAGAGGCAUCUGUUCAAGAUGACAGUCGGGAUGUUGUUAUUGAUAGGCUUACAGAAUUAACAGUUGACGAAAGAUUUAGAAAACUAAACCCUCCAAUAUUUGAGGAUGCAUUAGAUCCAACUGCAGCAGAGGAUUGGUUGAGAACUUUGGAGAAUAUGUUCAGGUAUACGAGAGUUUCAGAAGUAGAAAAGGUGGUUUGUGCAUCCUUUAUGCUACGAGAUAGUGCUGGACAUUGGUGGGAUACGAUGAGUAGCAUUGAAGAUGUAAAUGCCAUGACUUGGGAGAGAUUUAAAGAGUUAUCUUGUAAUAAAUAUUUUAUAGCUCCUAUUCAAGCCAGGAAGAUGAAUGAAUUUAUACAGUUAAGACAAGGAGGGAUGACAGUGGGAGAGUAUAUUCGUAAGUUUGAACAACUAUCUAGGUUUGCUACCCACAUGGUUAAUAUUGAGGUACUAAAGGUAGAAAGAUUUCAUGAGGGGCUAAGACCAGAACUAUAUAGAGAUGUAAGCAUGGCAGGAAUCCAAGAUGUUUCAUAUUCUCAAAUUGCGGAGAGAGCCUUAGUUGCAGAAUAA